ACCGAAAUCCAUCUGUGUUUGACAUGUUUACAAAACUGAAAAGAAAACAAUAAGUUGUUCCGUAUUCGUGACUCUUUAAAAACUGUUUCGUUAUUGUCUAUCUUAAUUUGUUUUUCCUAUAUAACGUGAAAAAUUAUGUGCAGAUAUGGAUGCCAUGUUUGAUAUAUGUUACCUGUCACCUGAUAGUAAUAAUGUUGAACCAGAUGAUAUACCCAAGACAAAGGAAAAUGUUUGGAUAUUGGGAAGAAAAUACAGCCCUGUCCAAGAUUUGGAUCGCAUACGACGAGACAUCACUUCAGUAAUUUGGUGUACAUAUAGAAAAGGGUUUAUCCCUAUUGGCGAUGAGGGCCUAACUUCUGACAAGGGCUGGGGAUGCAUGUUGCGCUGUGGUCAGAUGGUUCUAGGAGUUGCAUUAAUAAGAGUGCAUUUGGCUUCCGAUUGGGUUUGGACCCCUGAGACAAGAGAUCCAACAUAUUUGAAAAUAAUACAAAGAUUUGAAGAAAGGAAGCAGGCUCCAUAUUCUAUACAUCAGGUUGCUCUAAUGGGAGCUAGCGAAGGCAAGGAGGUAGGACAAUGGUUUGGGCCUAAUACUGUGGCACAAGUACUCAAAAAAUUAAUAGUUUAUGAUAAAUGGAGCUCACUUGUGAUACACGUGGCAUUAGAUAAUACAGUUGUGAAAGAAGACAUUUUACAACAAUGUAUGGUUAAUAAUGAUAGAGGAGAUGAUCAUAAACCAGACAGUGUAAAUAUAACAGAUUGGAUGCCACUACUUUUGAUUGUGCCACUGAGAUUGGGUCUUAGUGAAAUAAAUCCCGUGUAUGUCAAUGGUCUUAAGAUAUGUUUCCAAAGCCCUCAAUCAAUUGGAGUAAUUGGAGGAAAACCAAAUCAAGCACUAUAUUUGAUUGGAUGUGUUGAGGAUGAAGUUUUAUAUUUAGAUCCUCAUACAACACAGAGAUCUGGACUUGUUGAAAAUAAACAAACAGAUGAACAGAAAGAAAUAGACUGUUCAUAUCAUUGCAGAUAUGCUUCACGCAUACCAAUGCUUGCCAUGGACCCCUCAGUUGCUGUGUGUUUUCUGUGCCGAACUAAAGGUGAUUUUGAUGAGCUAUGCAAAACAUUUGAAGAGGAACUUAUGAAAGAAUCUCAACCAUUGUUUGAAAUUUGUGAAAAGCGACCUUCACAUUGGGGUCCAAGUAAUGAUAUAGAUUUACAAAACACAACACUCUUUACAGAAUUUGAAGAUGUGGAUAGACAAUUUGAUGACUCAGAUGAUGAGUUUGAAAUUCUAUGAAAAAUAUUAUUUUAUAUACAGCCUUUUCCUUAUUAAUUUAAAUUGAAAUAUUGUGUUGCUUUAUCCUUUAAGUUAUUUUUAAAUUCCAAAGAUAUGUAAAAAUACACAGAUAUAGAUUUAUAAACUCAAAUUCUAUGGAACUUGUAGUCACAAUAUUCUUUUUACUAUUAUAUUAUUAUU